AUGAGCUAUGUGAUGGGCAUGUCAUGUGUUCACUCUGGUUCUGGUUCCAACUCCCUGCUGUCUGCUAAUAUCACACGUCCAUUGGCAGAGGUCAUCAAAGAAAUAGAGGUCAACCAUGCAAGACUUCAUUACUGUCUACUCAACAAGGACCCUACCAUGUCUUUUGACAUAGAUACCCACAAAGUGGCCCUUGGUAUUGAAAUACUGGAGUCAUAUGAAGACCCCUUCAUGAUGGCAUCGGCAAAUGACGAAGAGGACAAACCAUUGGAGAAGGAGCCUGCUCCAAAGAAGAAGAAAAAGAAAGGGAAGAGUCAAGCAGUUGAUGUCAGGGGUCCUCCUGUCCUGGAGCAAGACAAAGGACCAACAGAUGCACCUGCAUGCUUUGAAGUAGUCCAAGCAACCCAAGACUUCAUCUGCUUGGACAACGAUAUCGAAAUUCUUGAUGACUCACUCAACUCUGUGGGUCACAAUGUUUGCACUAAUGAUAAUGGUACAUUUGUGUCUCUUUAUUUCAUCAUCGCGCAUUCAUAA